AAUAAUCAUUUUCAGUUGAAAAUUGUGCGCUGAGUGGAUUUAUUGGCUUCGCAACCAAGCUGGAAAAGCGAUAAGAUAUACGCUUGCGAUCCCAAACAAAACAUCUGCUCGGCGUUGCAAAGUUUAUCGAUUUCUCAAACGCGCGGCUGAUCAGAAAUUUUCCGAAAACGGGGAAUUCCAGAUAAACUCUGACCGCAGUGGUAAGAUUGCCAAUGAUUGGUGCCAGGCAGCAGUAUCAGCCCAACACUGACGGCGCCAUGUCAGACGAAGAAUCAUUUGUGAUCCUGGGCAGCUCGCCGUACCCAUCGUUGUUGCCCGACGCAGGUGGUCUUGUGCUGGACGGCCUAGAUAGCGGGGAGGAGGCGCUGGAACCCACUGCAUCGACUUCGGCGGUCUCGCAGGCAAAGCUGGAAAAACCGCAGCCGGUGUCAAGUGCCCCUGCCAGCACAAGUGGCACCGAAAGCAUGAGUGCCUCACAGCAGCUUCGAUCGCUAGACAGCCAGGCGGCCCAAUCGCUGGCCGCAAGCUUCAUUAUGGGCGAAGUGAAGUCCGACGUGCUCAAGAGCAGUGUCUACUCUCAGUUUCCCAGCCUCUGCUCAAUGCAGGCCUCUGCUGAGGACGUGGUCAAACUUCAGAACAUGAUGACGGAAUAUUUAACCCUAAAGAACACGCUGGACAAGGUGAACAACACCAUGCUAAACUACCACAAGCUGACGCAGCAGUGGCGACAGGAGGCCGCCGAGCGGGAGCAGCAGUGUAAGCAACAACUACUCGAGUGCCAGCAGCAGGUCAUAAGCCUUCGCGCCGAGAAUCAGCAGCUAAAAGCCGAUCUAGAGACAAAGAUCUCACAGAUCGAAAUGGUGCAGGACUUUAGCCAAAAAGAGCAGGACGAUCUGCGAAAGAGCGUCUCCGAGAAGACUUCUCUGAUCAACAACAUGCGUGUGGAGAUCGACAAGCUGCAGCAGCUCAAAAUGCACUCGUUCGAAUUCGUACCCGAGGAGGUUAAUCUAACCAGUGCCCAGGAGCUAAUGGCGAAAAUGCAGCGGGACAUUGACGAACUGAAGGCCAAGGAUAUCCAGAAGCAGGAGGAGAUCUUACACCUUCAGACACAGAACGACAUCUAUCGUCGUGACUUUGAGAUGGAGCGGGCAGAUCGUGAGAAGAAUGCCGGCGAGAAGGAACAGUAUUUGAUGGACCUGCGUUCACUACAGAGGAAGAACCAGGAGCUGAUCGAAGCACUGGCCGAGUCACACCGGGCUAGCAAGUCGGCGUCACCCGCGUCCUCCUUAAGUUCGAGCCGGAGCAGUCUACGUGACGAUCAGAGACCCGUAAGAGUUCUUGAACCAACCGGUGCCGCCGCCUCCCGGACACCAGAGGCCAUCCUGCGCUGUCCCAUUUGUUCAAAGUCCUUUAACGCCCUUAGCGUGUUACAGAGCCAUGUGAACGAUUGUUUGGACAAAAACUAAUUAUCAAUAUUUGUUACAUUAACUUUCUUUAUAGUAUACUGUUUAAGCUUAACACGUUAGCCCUUGAGCUGAUUGCACAUUAUAAAAAAGCACAUUACAAUAACAGCGGAUAGGUGCCCCAAU